AUGUCGCGGACACUCCCAAAACAGUUUAAUCCGCUCAUCACGAUCGAGGUUGCUCCCACCUACGAUGAGCUCCUUGCCCGCCGUCGUCUUGGACAAACCAACCUUUCCGUCAAGCCAGCUCAGAUUGGCACCUCAAACGCGACCAAGCCCGAGAACCUAGGCGUGUUCGAGUAUGCUCACCUCCGUGCUCCGCUGCCCAAGGACCUCGAGGGCUCUGAGAUCUUCCCUCCUCACCCUCAACAACACCCAGACAGUUACUUCUUGAUGCGCCGUAGUAAGGAUGGCUUUGUUAGCGCGACUGGAAUGUUCAAAAUUGCAUUCCCAUGGGCGAAGGCCGAUGAAGAGCGGACAGAGCGUGAGUAUCUGAAAGCUCGCGAGUACACCAGCGAAGAGGAAGUCGCUGGUAAUGUGUGGAUCUCGCCCACAUUUGCCCUUGAGCUUUCCAAGGAAUACCAAAUGUACGAUUGGGUGCGCGCACUGUUGGACCCAACGGACAUUGUGCAAAGUCCUUCCAGCGCAAAGAAGCACAUCAAUCCCCCGCCGAAAUUCGAAAUUCCCUCCGAUGAGCCGCCCGUGUCGCAGCGCAACCGCAGAGGUCGGUCCGCUUCUCCGAGCAAGAAGUUGUUGUCUCCUCGGAAGGCCCGCAGCACCCGCGUCACCAAGGAUGUCACUAGCACUCCGUCCACAAAGGCUGCAAACGCGAGCCUUCAGUCGGCAUUAGAUACAGCUUCCGCCCUUUCGGCAGCGAUUCCCGAAUUGCGUGCCGUGGAUGUUGAAACGGAAGUAAGCAGAUCUCCUGGAAAGAAGACCAGAGGGGGCGUGGCGCAUAGACUUGCUACCGCGGAAUCCGAAGAGGAUACAAAGGAGACCAAGGGGGAGACGAAGGAGGAAAAGAAAGAAAAGAAGAAGGCCGACAAGAAAGAGAAGAAGAAAGAAGAGAUCAAGGAGCAGGAGGAGACCGCCGAGGUAUUGGAGGCCGACGAUGUCACUGAUGCUGUCAAGUCCACUCACACUACUGUUUCCCUGGACAUGCCUAUCAGUCUGCCGGAAGUGCCCUCUGCUGCGGAGACCGAAGAGAUGAUUGCCCAGGCCAAGGUGAUGGUGGAAGAGGCCAUUAAGGCGCAAGCCGAAGGCGCUACUGCCGAAUCGACACCUGUCAAGGCGACCACCAAGCGCAAGGCCGAGGAGGAUGACGAUGAAGAGACAUCGGCCGAAUCCUCCCAACGAGCCAAGAAAGCCAAGGUGCUCGAGAACAGGCUCAAGCAGGAGCGUGUCCGCAACCGCUCUAUCUUCGGUGUCUCCGUGGCCUUUGCUCUGGCGGCUUCUAUCCCAUACUUUUUCUAA